UUCACACGUUUGUUCACACAACCACAACUCUCUCGUAGAUUUUGUGUCAGAAACCAGGUUUACUUCACUUCAGUUUUCUUGGCUUUUGUGUCAGAAGAAAUUCGUUCAUUCAUCCCCCAAUUUCCACCUUUUUCUGAAACCCUAAUUCAAGAUCUUUCAAAUUAUCCAUUCUUGAUCCCAUCAUGUCACCAUCUCAACAACCCUCAUCCCAUAACCCUACCUGUCUGAUCAAGAACAGGUUCGCCCAUCGCUUUGUUCGGGCUCUAAACAACCUAAACAUCAAAAACAGAUCACCCCAUGACGAAAACCAGAUUUAUCGAAGAUCUCAUCGUGUCAAGAUUGCAGCAUACGCCGCCAUGGCUUCUGUCGUUGGAUCAAAAAGAGCCUGGAGUCGUGCGGUGUUAUGGAAGGUCAGAAACCGAUCAAGAAAUCAGGGUUUAUUGGUGAGUAGUAGAAGAAAAAGGGUGGAUUGUAAGAGUAAAACCAGUAAUGAUCAUCAUGCAAAGGUGUCUGUCGUAAGGAGAAGAAACCCUAACCCUAAAAGAGAAGAUUUAGAUCCGUUUAGGUAUUCGGGUCAAGAACUGAAGCUCAGGAAACUGGUACCUGGUGCUGCAACCAUGGAUUCAUGCUGUUUGAUGGAUGAAACUGCAGAUUAUAUAAAGUGUCUUGCUGCACAGGUGGAAGUCAUGAAAACACUUGUGGAUUUCUACACAACCACUUGAUCAUCAUAAAUGCGCCUAUACAUACAUAUAUGUGGUCCUAUAGAUACAGAAUGGGUGUAUCAUGUAUGUAUGUAUGUAUGUAUAAUCAUGUGUACAAAACUGGAAAAUGCUUACAGUGGUGGUGGCUUAAUUGGGUUGGGAUGGUAAGUAUUUCUAUAUCUAUAGGUUGAAUUUGUAGAAUCCAGAAGUGGUUAAAAGAUGGUCUCACUUUUGCAAGUUUUCUACAUAUUUAUUCAGAUGUGUUUUUGUUUAC